AUGUCCCAGAGCCCUCGAAUUCUAGACUUCACGGCUAUUCGGCUAGCUCUGUACCUGAUUAAGCCGAAGAGCCUCGUGGAGGCUGUGCAGAGGCUCUGGCAAGCGAUUGUUGGGGCUUGGUUCCCCGUUCUGGAAGGCUACCACUGCGCUGUCAAAGCCCAAAUGUCUACGAACAACAAUAUGCCAGAUAUUAUCCUCCAGAUACUGGCACUACGCCAAGACCCAACGGAGGCAGACGGCUUUAUCGAACGCUGCAUUUUGCAGGUGAAAUGCCAGCGACCGUCCCUUGACACUUUGGGCGAUUGGAGAGAUACAACAAGUACCCAGUUCCUGGAUAGCCUCGAAGCAACUUCCUAUGCUGUAGAGAGACUCCAUGGAGCUGUUGCUAUUGGCAAGAAAGUUCAAUUUUACCGCUAUGAUGGACGUGAGACGCAUCACAGCACGAAACUUGCCCCGCUUCAUAACGGCCCUAUCGAUAUGGAUGACCUCAAUGGCCUAGUGCAGGAUAAUGCGCAUAUGGCUAUAGCUUUUUCAAGAGUGUAA